AUGUCAACUCAUAACGCCACCCGCGACGGCAAUAGACCCAAUUCAUUGGAAACAUUGGUUCGCAAUGGGGUGCCGAUGAAGAACCACGAUAGCUGGUGGAUAUUGUAUGGUUUUGGAGCUAUUAUUGGAAUCGCAUUUUUUCCUGCAAGUUCCAACUUGAAGCAUCUAAUGGGAGGCUCAAAACAAGUACUGUGGAAAAUCAUUGUGUUCGUUAUUGUCUGUGUUCCUGUGGUUGUUUUGCCAUUUGUCCUUCAUCGUUGGAAAUCGCGAAGAGUGAACGAUUCACCCAACCGGCGAAGAGUGAAUGAUUCACCCUAUCGUAGUCAAAUCAAAGCAUGUGGUGUAUUCGGGGCCCUGUUGCUGAUCUAUGUCUACACCUUCUUUUCUAGUCAAGGAGAAGAACGAGAACAAGAACACCACAAUAAGACACCAAAAAGUAAGUUAGCAUAUGGUAGCGUAUCGCUUUUUGGAUUUGCUCUGAUGGCGUUGGCUCUGUCAAUUCAGACUAACUACGAAUUUGUUAAAGAACUUAUGGACUUCUUUGUGGAACUUCUUGUGGUGGAGCUCACCAAAAUAAAAUGGUAUUAUGGUUUCUUAGGAGCUCUGUUCAGUUUCUUGCUCCUCAUUUUCCAAUCGUGUAAAGAACCAUCUGAAAGGGGCAUCCCAAUUAGUGCAGCGGAUUUCCAACAGACUCCAAGCCGCAUCAGCAACUCCACCCUUAGCCGCCGGUAUACUAGAACAGAUUCCUCGUCUCUAAACCCAGAGGAAGAUCAUGCCGGCGGAGGAAUUGACAGCAACACUGCCUCCCUCUCGGGAGAUACUACAAGGGAUUCCUCGCCUCUAAGCCUACCAGAAGAUCACGCCGGCAGAGAUGUACAUCACGAUCCAAUUGACAGCAACACUACCCCCCUCUUCCCAGAUACUAGAACGGAUUCCUCGCUUCUAAGCCCGACUCAAGAUCGCAUCAUUGGUGCUCUUAAUGAGAAGGAUCAAGAACUUGCUGGGAAAUUACGGAGUGGUUUGAGUACGUACAUCAAUGGUUAUACCGAGGAGAUUCCAAAGCCAAUAAUGGAAGACACCAACUUUAUCAAGGAUACGAUUAAGCAGGCAGUUGAGGCUCUUCGCACAAUAGUGACUGGUAUAACAGCCAACGAUGAAGGAGUGGAGGAAUGGUUGGAGACGAAGUACAAAUCCAGUCGGAUACAGUUCUUGUUGAUGUGCAAAUCCAAGUUGGAACCGGACAAGGAGGCUACAGUGAGUGUGAUCAAGAAGUGGAUUAAACACUGCAACAUAGCAUUCAAGAUACUAAUUCCCAACGAAAGAGUGAUGUGUGAAGAAAUCUUUGGCGAAUCCUCUCCCAUCUCCGAACGGUGUUUUAUGCACUUUUGCUGUCAUGUCAAACAAGAUAUUUUGAGUUUUGUCCAAGAUGAUAUGCCUACACUGAUGAAUUCUCCUGAAAUAACGCUGGUUUUCACAACAGUGCGUGACCUAAUUGUUCCAGAGUUCCAUUAUUUCCGGGAUGAUGAUUUCCCUCCCCAAAUUGACAAGUCUACUUCUUGUGAAGUUCAUCCAAUUACCAUGAAAGUAAUGCACCGCCUGGGAGUAUGA